GUUCUUAGUUGCCUAAAUACAGAAAAAGCUAGUUAGUAGUGGUAAUUGGUUGUAAUAUUAUAAUAAAGCAUGUACAUUAAUUAAAUUGAUUUUAAAGAAAUAUUAUUAUCAAAGAUUGUUCAGGGAGACUGUUUUCGAUGUUUUGAUCGAUCAGCUGUUGAUUUGAGAGAAUAAUUUUGCGAAGAUUGGGUGCGCUGCUAGCUACACUACACUGCGAAAACCACCACACUGUGUGUGCGGUGAGUACAGAAUUCAGUGGCUGGAAAAGAAGAGAGGAACGCGGUAGCAGGCCAGAUGAAUGAAUGAAUGAACACAUUUACUGUUUUGCUGGUUGGAUAUUUUCCCCACUACUGAGAGUGGAUAAUGGUACUGGACUAGUAUUCAGGAAGGAUGUCUAUAGAAGAACUUUAUACCAAGGGUGCUCGGGUAUGGGUACGAGACCCUGAUGAAGUAUGGAUUGGUGGAACACUGACUAAGGAUUAUAAACCAGGAGGUAAUAUAGAAGUUGAGUUGGAAGAAGAUGGACUGGAAAAAACACUGAAAAUAAAAAGCAAAGAUGAUAUGCCCCCAUUACGCAACCCUGAAAUACUGAUUGGUGAAAAUGAUUUAACAUCACUCAGUUAUUUACAUGAACCUGCUGUACUUUACAAUCUUAAUGUGAGAUUUAUUCAAAAUAAUGCCAUCUAUACAUAUUGCGGUAUUGUGCUGGUUGCAAUUAAUCCGUACGAGCAACUGCCGCUGUAUGGAGAAGAUGUUAUCAACGCGUAUCACGGUCAAGAUAUGGCCGGCAUGGACCCACAUAUAUUUGCCGUUGCUGAGGAAGCUUUUAAACAACUGACAAGGUUUGAACAGGACCAGUCCAUUAUUGUUAGUGGGGAGAGUGGAGCAGGAAAGACUGUGUCUGCUAAAUAUGCUAUGCGAUAUUUCGCGACUGUAGGAGGUUCUUAUGAAGAAACACAAGUGGAAAAGAAAGUAUUGGCAUCCAAUCCUAUUAUGGAGUCAAUUGGUAAUGCCAAGACAACCAGAAACGAUAACAGUAGUAGGUUUGGCAAGUAUGUAGAAAUCAGCUUUAACAAAUCGCAUCACAUCAUUGGGGCUCACAUGAGAACGUACCUGCUGGAGAAGUCCAGAGUUGUCUUUCAAGCAUCUGAGGAGAGGAAUUACCACAUUUUCUACCAACUGUGCGCAUCCACAGACCUACCAGAAUUUAAGGAACUCCAAUUAGGCGAUCCAGAUGCAUUCUUUUUUACAAAUCAAGGGGAAGCGCCAGAGGUGGUGGGGAUCAAUGAUAGACAACAAUUAGAAGAUACCAGAGAUGCAUUUCAGCUUGUUGGAAUCAGUGAAGAAACCCAAAUGUCCAUAUUCCGUGUCGUUGCAGCUGUUCUCCAUUUCGGAAACGUAGAGGUGAAGCCUGAACGAGGUGACAACAGCUCAAUUGAGCUAAAGGAAUCAGAGCUCUGUUACUUGGAGAAGGAGAAUGAAAACAUUGGGAUCUUAUGCAAACUACUUGGUAUCGACGAAAGCCAAAUGAGAAAAUGGCUUGUGAAUCGUAAGAUAGUAACGGUCAGAGAAGUUUUAACCAAACCAUUACCAUACCAGCAUGCAUUAAAUGGUCGUGAUGCACUGGCCAAACACAUUUAUGCACAGCUUUUCAAGUGGAUAGUAAAACAAGUCAACAAGGCUCUUGUUCCAACAAUUAAAGCACAAAACUUUAUUGGAGUCCUUGAUAUCUAUGGGUUUGAAAUGUUUGAUAUAAACAGUUUUGAGCAGUUCUGCAUAAAUUAUGCAAAUGAAAAACUACAACAACAGUUCACACAGCAUGUAUUUAAACUAGAACAAGAGGAAUAUAUCCGUGAAAAGAUUGAAUGGAACAUGAUAGAUUUCUAUGACAACCAACCAUGUAUAGAUCUGAUUGAAAACAAACUUGGAAUAUUGGACCUACUGGACGAGGAGUGCAUGGUGCCCAAAGGGAAUGAUGAUAAUUGGUGUCAGAAACUAUAUUCUCAACAUGUUAAAAAAUCAAAACAUUUUUCCAAACCUCGGACAUCAAACAAUUCGUUUGUGGUGCAUCAUUUUGCUGACAAGGUUGAAUACACAGCAGAAGGCUUCGUUGAGAAGAAUCGUGAUAAUGUCAAUGACGAACAUUUGAAUAUUCUUCGUGCAAGUCAGUAUGAGUUUGUGGCGGAGUUGUUUAGAGAUAAGAAUGCAAAAGUACAAGAUCCUAAGAAAGCUGUAGUAAAACCAAUGGCUGCAGCUGUACGGACUCAGAAACAAUUCAAAAAGUCUGUAGGUUCCCAGGAUAAGAAAUCGUCUAAAGAAAUGAAGAAAUCGGUCGGAAGUCAGUUUCGAGAUUCUCUGAAGAUUUUGAUGUCAAAAUUGAAUAGUACAACUCCUCACUAUGUGCGAUGCAUUAAACCAAAUGAUUGCAAAGAACCUUUCAGCUAUGAGCCCAAGAGAGCAGUAGAGCAACUGCGAGCCUGUGGUGUUUUGGAAACGAUUCGAAUCAGUGCUGCAGGAUUUCCGUCAAGGUGGACUUAUCCAGAAUUCUUCUCAAGAUACAGAGUUCUUAUGCUAAAAAAGGAAAUUAAUAAAUCCAAUAUGCGUGGCACUGCUGAGAAAAUUCUUAACAGACUUAUAACGGACCCAGAUAAAUAUCAGUUUGGAAAGACAAAAAUAUUCUUCCGUGCCGGACAAGUUGCUUACAUGGAGAAACUGAGAGCGGACUUACUGAAGGCAGCAUGUAUACGUAUGCAGAAGACUGUGAGGGGGUACUUACAGCGUAAGCGGUACAACAGAAUGAAGGCAGCGGCAAUUGUCUUACAGAAACAUGUUCGAGCCAUGAAUGCAAGAAGACUGACAAGAUUCAUGCGUCGAACAAGGGCAGCUAUCCGUCUUCAAAAAGUAUGGCGCCGUUACCACCAGCGUAAGGCAUAUUUGCAUAUCAGAAGAGCUAUCAUCACGAUCCAGGCUUUUACACGUGGAACGUUCGGUCGUAGGUACUACAAGGAAGUCUUAAGGCAAGCACGCGCCACGACGAUACAACGAUACACCAGAGGCUGGCUGGCAAGAAGAUCAUACCAAAAGACACGAAAAUCAAUUAUAUUACUACAGUGUUGUACAAGAAGAAUGUAUGCUAAGAAGGAAUUGAAACGACUCAAGAUUGAGGCCAAGUCUGUUGAGCACUUUAAGAAGCUAAAUCGUGGCAUGGAGAAUAAGAUUAUAGAACUUCAGCAGAAACUGAAUCAACAGGUAAAAAUAUCAUCUCAAAACAAAGAAAAGGAAGAAGUUAUAUCCAAACUAGAAACAAAGGUUAAAGAAAUGGAAACUCGUGAGGUGGAAAUGGAUGUUUUACAGAAGAAGACUGUUGUGAUAGAAGACGAACUUACAAAAAUAAAACGAGAGUUGGAAGAGACACGUGCAGAACGGGACAAACUUAUACUAGAUAUGAAAGCGGCACAGGAGCAAUAUCAACAGGAGAAAGAUGUACUAGAGGCUGAAAGUGACAAGUUAAGGAAAGAUGUUCUUGAGAAAGAAAAUCUCCUUAAAGAACAAGAUGAAAAAUUGGAAGGUGAAAUUAAAAGACAGGUUGAAGUUGGGAUGGCAGAGCUGAAGAAGGAACUAGAUGAUGAGCGCUACAACCACCAGAAACUUGUACAAGACUACAGUCGCUUAGAGCAACGUAAGCAGAAUCUAGAAGAUGAAAUAAAAACCUUGGAAGUACAACCGAUGGAAAGGCAUGUCGUGAUGGACGCGAAAGAGGGCAGUGAGUCUGGUUAUGGAACUCUGAGCACCACAGAAUCUGAAGAUGCAGAAUCUGUUGCUACAGAGAUUGCGGAGCAAGGUCAAGAGAAAGCCAGUAUGGAUAUGAGUAUUUUCCUGAAAUUGCAACGGCGACUUAAAGAUCUAGAGAAAGACAAGAAACAGUUGGAGCAGGAUUUAGAAAAGAAAGAUAAUGUAAGCAAAGGACGUUCGGAUAGCUUAGAAAAUGAACUCCAUAAUACAAAUCUACAGAUCCAACGACUAAGAGAAGAAAAUACUAAAUUGAAAGGGGAAGUAGACAUGUAUAAAGAGUCUUUAGAGAAAGCAACAAAAGGUGAUACAACACAAGCUAUCAAAGUUUACAACCAGCAAAUUGAGGUGCUAAAUCUAGAGAAUGAGAAACAUCGUGAUGAGAUCAUCAGAUUAAAGUCAGAGCACCUUACCAAACAACAUAAGAACUCAACAGAGGUGGAGGAUGCAGGAACCAACACUGAUCGUCAACUGUACAUAGACCAAGCGGCAGAAGAUUUGAACCAGGAUGGUGAUCUAGAGAUGGCUUAUCAGUCCUUGAAAAUGACCAAUCAUUUAAUAACAGCACUAUCUGCCAGUCAGUCUAGUUUACAUGAGACUGUACAUAAAUAUGGAGAUCUAGCGGGAACACAAAAUGAACUUUUGAUACAGAAAUUAAUACUAGAAAAAGAAUUGCAAGCUCAGACAAAGAAUCAUGAACAUGAAGUAAAACAGCUGAAGGAAGAAUUGAAAAAAGUGAUGAAAGACAACAAUAGACAACAAGAGAUUAUAGGAGAGAAUUUGAAAUUAAAACCAGAGGAUCGUGUGAAUGCCAUUGCACAACAUGAGAUAACCAGAUUGACGACAGAAAACAUGGAUUUGAUGGAACAAAAUGAAUAUCUUGAAAAGAAUGUUAAGAAAUUGAAGAAACAGUUGAAAGCAGCUCACAAAAAACUCACGUCAGUCGGUGAACUAGCUCCUAGUAUUACGCCUACAACAGACUCUCCGGUGGCAUUACUGCCCAAUCAUCAUGAAGGCACACCAAACCACGGUCCAGCUGUACGGCAUAAAGAACGGGAUCUAAUGGGAAUUAUAGAGUACAGUCCCGAUGAUGAGCCUCGGUUGAUCAAGAGCAUUAUUCUUGACUUUAGGCCUAAGAUGAAUGAUGGGUAUUUGCCUGGUCUGCCAGCAUACAUCAUUUUCAUGUGCAUCCGCCAUGCUGAUUAUACAAACAAUGAUCAAAAGAUUAAAACUUUACUUACUGGUGUCAUUAAUAGCAUCAAGAAAACAGUAAAGAAACAUUUUGAGGAGUUCGAGUAUGUGUCAUUCUGGUUGACCAAUACAUGUCGUCUACUACACAAUCUUAAGCAGUACAGUGGAGAAGAGAACUUUUCUGCACAAAACUCAGAUUUCCAGAAUGAACACUGUCUUCGUAACUUUGAUCUGUCUGAGUAUCGGCGUGUAAUGAACGACUUGGCCGUACAUAUCUAUCAAAUGCUAGUCAGAAUCAUUGAGAACCAGGUCCAGCAAAUGAUAGUUCCUGCUAUGCUGGAGAGUGAUAGUGCUGGAUUGACUGCCAAUAAACCUACAGGAAUGAGAGGCAGAAGCUCUAGCAGUGUCAACAAUCCGCAGCAAGAAAUGAGGAACGUCUCCAUCGAGUCCAUCAUUAAACAGUUGUCAAUUUACUUGGCUGUAAUGAAUUCCCACGGUGUGGACCCUCAAUUGAUCCGGCAAGUUAUGAAACAGACUUUCUACCUUGUGACCUCGACAACCAUUAACAAUCUGUUAUUACGGAAAGAGAUGUGUCAUUGGUCAAAGGGUGUGCAGAUCCGCUACAACUUGAGUGAGUUAGAAGAAUGGCUACGAACAAACAACAUGUUUGACCAGGGCAUGGAAAACAUACUGGAACCACUUGUACAGAUAGCACAGUUGUUACAAGUCAAGAAACGCACCGAUGACGACGUCAAGCUGAUAUGCGAUACAUGUAGUAUGCUUACCACUACUCAGAUUGUGAAAAUCCUGAGUCUAUACACGCCAGAUGAGUACGAGUCAAGGACAGAAAUGUCUUUCAUUCGCAAAGUUCAGCACCGCUUAAAGAACCGUUCGGACAUGAAACGUGAAGCUCAACUGUUGAUUGAUUCCAGACACCAAAUUCCUGUUACAUUUCCAUACAAUCCCUCAUCUGUACUUCUUAAUGAAAUUCAAAUUCCUGCCACAUUCAAUAUAAACUAUGUUCAGUGUAUAUAAUGUGGAUUACAAAUAAGAUGCCAAUUGUCUGUUUUGUUAUAAUAAUUAUAUUUUAUCAGUAAUAGUUGAAUAUUAAUAUAUUUAUGGUGAUGGAUAUAUGAUAACAAAAUGGUCAAUGUUAAUAUUCAUAGUUUAAUAAUACAGUAGGUCUAAAUAUAGCAAUGUAUGUUGCGUGAAAAACUAAAUAAUUCUGUAGUAAUGUGUUGUUGAUGAAGUUAAAGAUGUUGAUAGAUAUUUGUUUGGGUUGGUCCAGUAACUGUGCUCUGCAUUGUUGUCAGAUCCGUUGAGCGAAAUCCCUCUCAGCUGAGUAUCGCAAUUUUGCCAGUUGAAAUGAGUGAUAUUCCUGACAAAUGAGUUCCACAUUUGUGCAUAAUCAAUUAAGCAAUGUCAUUGCCUUUGUUGAACAUUAUACAUAUCGUAACCUCAAGUGUUUCAUAAUUUUUCAGUCAUAUCAAUUUGUAUUAUUAAAAUUUGUGCUUAACAACUAUAAAUUAACAUUAAUAAAUUUUUGGUCUCGUUGAAGAGAUAAUUAAAUGAUCAGACAAAAAUGAAUCAUGUUCAACCAAAUUUGUUUCUGUUUUUUAAUUUGACAGUUGCAUAUGCUAGAAAUAUUAAUGUAUGCAUAGUAUUUGAAUAAUAAUAUUACACAAUUAGAUUUAGUUGAAAGAUUAUCAAAAUCCAAAAUUACCUGUUAUGAACUGUAAUGAAUUCUUGAAGUGUAAACCCUCAUUUUGUUAAGUUAUGUAACACUAUCAUUAAUAAUUUAUAUAAGAUAUAUAUAUAAUAUAUAAAAUAAAUUUCCUAAUGUUGAGGUAUAGAAAGAUAAUUCUUGUGUAUUGUUUGACCAAAAAUUUUACUUUAGGUUUCUAUGCAUUUUUGAAAAUGUACAUAUAUAAUAUGAUUUAUUUUCAUUAGUAAUGUUCAGGAGUUUCCAAUUACACAGGUAUUAGUGAAUUACCAAUAAACCAAUUCAUGUUUCAACUUUGCAUGCUCAUAUUAAGGUCAGUCCCCAUAAAGAACAUGCACACAUUGCACACAACAUAGGUUUAUAUUGAUUGACCUUGGAAAUGGGUAUGUGCAGUUCAAACUAUAAAUUGGCUUAUACAGAUGUUAAUGAAAUACCUAUAUACAGGUGUCCAUUUCCCUGUAUACAGGUACUCAUUAGUUAUCUGUAUACAGGUAUACAUAAUUUAACCCAUCUGGAUCAUCUUUAUGUAUAUUUCCUGUGUUUUGUUUUACCUCGAUAGUGAAUUCCAUAUUUAAGAUUUUAUAUUAAAAUGGGCUUAUGUAAAUGUUAUGUUAUACUAUUAUUAAUCAUUCUGAUAGAAGUUUUUUUUUAAGUUGCACUAUGAUAAAUUUCCCAUUAUUGGUUUUAAAAGAACAAUGUAUAACUUUUAUUUCCUAAGAUUGAUAAAACUGUCGUUUUCUUUGGCAUAUCAUGCUCAGAGUUUGUGGCAUAUUCUGGCUGUUUUAAAUUUAACGAAAUCGUGUAGAUAUUGUUGAAAUAUUUGGGCUAAACAGAAGCUACCCUAAAAUCGCAUUAUCCAAAUUGCUAUUUUUUUGUGAUAUAAUAUAUGUAUAUGUAUUAGUAUUUAUGAUGUAUUCACUAAUGAUCUGGUAGAAACAGAAGUUAGAAUAGUCACUUAAAUUAUCAGUCCCACUGAAGAUGCUAAAUGACAGGAAAAAUAUAUGUAUAUUUAAGUGAAAUAAGAGUAUAAACUUAAAUAAACACUGCCCUCAUGUAAUUUUGUAUGGAUGUAUGUCAUAUGUAGUUAAAUGAUAUGGAGUUGCCCAGUCAAGAUAUAUACCCACCCCUCCCUUCAAAAAGAAAAGCAAUAAACUGUAAGGGCAUAUUAUAUUGUCAAGGCCUUCAAAUGAUAUACCAAAUGGUUUAGUAUCCCUACUUUGAAAAUAGUACAUACUAAUAUAUUAACAUAAUUUUUUAUGAUUAUCUUCAUGAUUGACACCUCAUCCACUGCUUCAUGCAGUUUCCCAUCUUGUUAUUCCAUAUUUUGUAUCAUCUGAAUUGUUUAGCACAACUGAAAUAUUUUCGCAAUUCGAUAUUCCAUGCUCCAGAGUUACUUUACAUACAUGCAAUAUUAUUACUAUUAGAUGAUCCGAACACUCCCAACUCCUGAGUUUAUCCCUUGUACCAGGAGUAUUCCUGUUAAACUAGGGUGUUCUCAUUACCUGAUUUUCCCUUAUAGUUGAGAUAUUCGAAACACCUUGAAUAUUUGGCAUACCUUCGGCUCGUAUCUGCACAACUGGGGAUAUUCCAAACCUCCUAAAUUUUUCCACGCACUUUUAAUUAGAUUAGAUUUCAAGUGAUAGAUUAAACACUCGGGAUAUUUAUCACACAAAACCCAAUCUAAUAUUCUUCAUAUCAAAGACAUUUUCUUAGGUUAUUCAGUUCCAAAUGUUAGCACGUCUGUUAAGCAUCUUUGUGAUAAUGAUGUUAGUCUUCCAAACAAGUACAGGUGUUACAUUGAAUAUUAUAUAUUUGUGCAAGUUAUUCAACAUGUCAUGUAGCUUUCUCCAAUUAAAAUGACCAGUCAAUUUGCUUUGCCAUAUAUGGUAUGUGUAUUCAAUUAGUGAUGCGUACGGCAUCAUCAUGGUAUUUAUUAUGCAAGGAUAAAAAAUAUAUGUUUACUAAUGUACACAAAGAAGGUUAAAUAAAUUCAGUAAAUGGAUAGGACUA